UGUCCCACCCGCCACCAGCCAGCCAGCCUGACGGCCCCCCAGGAUCUCCUCGUCAGAGCGACUCGACUCGUCGUCGACGGUGACUCGCGUGCCGUUCCGCGCCAGUCCGCCACCGACCUCGCGAUCGUCCACGUCGUCGUCAUCGUCGUCGUCGUCGUCGUCGUCGCCGCCCGUCAUCGCGUCGUGCCGCUGGUGCUGGUGACGGUGAUGAUGGAUGAGUGGUCAGUGUAGAGAUAGCGAGAGAGAGAGAGAGAGAGAUAGUCGGAAAUCGCGCACGCAGGCAACGCAUAGGAACUCAUUAUUGACUCCAGGGGGUGAUCCAGGUGAUCGAUCGAUCGAUCGAUCGAUCGUUGAAUAAUCCGGGAUCCAUUGGCGCGCGAGAGAUCACGUUGCGCCGCAACGAAGGUGGUCUUCGUCUCCGUGGGGUUGUUGUUUUGACAUUGGGGGGUGGUGCACGUUGCUGAGAAAGAGGAAGAGGAAGAAAAGCCGAGACCGUUCUUUGCCAGGACGCCAAAUAUCCCGAGGAAGAACCCGGACGAGGGUGACGUGUGGGAGAAGUCGGAGUAAUUUGUCAAACUCGCAGGCAGCCGCGUCAUAUGAACAUGUCGUCUCUACGAACGCAGUCGACUAGCGGUGGCGUUCUCGGUUUGAGCAGCGUCGGUUCCGAUCGCACGGGAGCGACCUCGAUCGCCGCCGGUUCCCACUCGCAUUCCCACUCGCACAGGAAGCAUCAUCAUCACCACAGGAGCAGGAGCGCGCCUCGAGCGCCCGAGAAACCGCCUAGAAAGCGUCAUCUAAAUCCCGGACAGAGUCUCGCCUCCAUUCCCAGUCAGAUCAAGUUGUCUAUGCUGAACAGCGGCCUCAUCUCCUUCGCGGAAGAAUUGGGAAGCAGCAAAUUGAGCACCACAUUGCCAACGGCGCCGACUGAGCUCUCGCAGUUUCCGAAACUCUGCGAGUUGCGCCGAAAAUUCCCGGUUCUAUACCGAGUGGAGUUUCAGACGGCAACGAAGGUGGAAACACAUUCGUGCAGACACGCUACAAAGUCCGCGAACAAGGAAAAAAAUCAGAAUCAAAAGUGUAUUCCAUACGACUAUAAUAGGGUAGUAUUGGACACGAUAGAGGGCGAGCCUGAUUCCGAUUACGUUAAUGCAUCCUAUGUAGAUAGUAUAUUGAAACCGAACGCUUACAUCGUCACUCAGGGACCUAUGGAGAACACGGUGACGGAAUUCUGGCGGAUGGUCUGGCAAGAACAGGCUUCCUGCAUCGUUAUGUUAACGAAGACCUUUGACUUUAUCAAGGUAAUGUGUGUACAAUAUUGGCCCGCGAGUAAGGACAAAGACGAGGAAUACGGUGGUAUCGGUGUUUCCGUGCUAAAAGAAGAGGAACUCGCCAAUUUUCACAUAAGGACGAUAAAACUCUACAAGAAGAACGAGAAUGACGAAAUCACGGAAGAGAGAACGUUGUUGCAAUUUCACUAUACAGAGUGGCAUUCGCAUACGUGUCCCUUCGGCAACGCGGUGCUGGAAUUUAGACGGCGCGUUCGAGCCGUCGUGGGAUCAACUCUAAAGAAUGAAUCCGGGCCUAUGAUCGUUCAUUGCAACGACGGUGGCGGACGAUCGGGAGUAUAUUUAGCGAUCGAUGCGAACAUGGAGCUGGCCGAGGAGGAAGACGCGUUCGACGUGUUUGGUUAUUUGAAGAAGUUAAGGCAGAGCAGGAGAGGACUUAUAGAAAAUUUGGAACAGUACAAAUUCAUUUACGACACACUCGAGGAAUUCGUCGUGUGCGGUCCGUCCUGGUUCCCCGUGGCGGAACUGUCGCAUCGCUUGAAGCAGAAAAGCGUAAAGAACCCUAUAACCAAGGUGAACGAGUAUCAACGGGAGUAUCAGCAGAUUUGCAAACAGACGCCGCGCUUUACGAUCGGCGACUGCGCCGGUGGCCACAGAGCCGAUAACAGGGAGAAGAACAGAGACGUUCUAGUAGUACCACCGGACAAUUUUCGACCGUACCUGACCAGUUUUCAAGGCAACAGUUUCACGGAUUAUAUAAACGCCGUCUUUGUAGAUGGCUAUACGAAACCGAGAGAAUAUAUCGUAACGGAAUGGCCCCUUCGACACACGUGCGGUGAAUUUUGGUCUUUGGUUUACGACUACGAGUGCGCGGCAGUGGUGGUGCUAUGCGUGCCCGCUCCAGGAUCCACAAAUUUUCCCAGCUUUUGGCCAGAAGGGAGGCACUCUAAGAAAUACGGACCCGUGUUUACGAUCGACCACAUCAGCCAUAAUCAUUACACUAACAUAAAAACCUGGGUUUUCAGGAUAAACAAGAAGAUCGUCUCAUUGACGGAAUUGAUGGCAGGAGUGAAAGCGCCACCGAAGACCGUGCAACUGUUCCAAUUGACCUGUUGGCCAAUGGGCCACAAAGUGCCCACCUCCACAAAUAGUUUAGUGGAGCUCAUGAAUAUGGUUGAGAGAUGGAGGCAACGAACGGACUACGGACCGGUGGCUGUGGUAUCGCCUGAUGGCAGAAGUCGUUGCGGAGUCUAUUGUGCCGCCAACGCGUGCAUAGAACAGGUCAUUCAACAUGGGGAGGUUGACAUUUUUCAGGCUGUUAAAACUGUGCGUAGGCAUAGGCCCCAGCUUAUCGAAAAUAUGACGGAAUACAAGUACUGUUACGAUCUGGUCCUGCACUACGUGCUGCAUUAUUUGAACAAAGACAUGAAUGAAAAGAAGUGAGAAAGCGAGUUGAGGGACGAGCUGUGGUUCAUCGAAUUCGGUCGGGGAGCAGCGCUGCCAUUGACCCCGGAGGAGGCAC